CAGCACAGAUUCAGCAGGGUGUUUCAGGGACUUUAGACACAAAGCUUGAUUUUCCGUUGGCGGUUCCACACUUCGAUACAUCUGAGGAAAGUCCCAAAUUGACCCUGGUAACUGAAGAAUCAGCUGGGGGCGGGCACCGACAAGGUUGGCUGAGAAGUGUGUGUGUGUAUUGCGGGGAGGUGUGGUGUUUGAUGGAGUGAGUUGUGCAAUAACACAGAGGCCCAGAUCAGAAGGCUAUUUAAGAUUAGGAUCCCUUUAUUGGUCAAUUGUACAUAAGGUCACACUGAAAUUUGACCUCUGCUUUAUCUCAACCCCUCCAAAAGACACACAUACAUAUACAGUUUGGAGGAGGGGGCUGCCACAUUGUGCGUCCGUGGAGGAGGAGUUGUGGGGGGUUAAGUGCCUUGCUUAAGGGCACAAUGCCUUGGCCAUCAGAUUUCCCCUGUCUGACCCGGGAUUUGAACCGGCAAACCUCCGGGUGGCUCACCGCCCAGAAGGUUAUUUUAUCCAAUGACAAAAGGUCAGAUGGUCAGACAGAGAGUCAUCCAGUCAAUGCUCCAUCCAGUUACUGCUACAGGAUAUGAGUUUAUCCCCAAUAGGCAUAUCAACUGUGGGGAGAUCCCACUGAAUUUGUAAACCCUGGGAAACUACAGUGGAAUGACACUGACAACACCAUAUGAUCAACCGAUUAGAUCACAGGUGUCAAACUCAUUCCAUGGAGGGCCGAGUGGCUGAGGCUUUUCUCUCUAUUGUACUUGAUUGAUGAAUGAAGGACACUAUUUAGUAAGGAACUGCCAACACCUGGUUGUCUAUUGCUUAAUUGAAAGGAAAAAACUGCAGACACUAGACCCCCCAUGAAAUGAGUUUGAGACCCCUAGAUUAGAUCACAUGCAAACCAUUUUUCCUCACAACUUCCUGGUGCCAAAAUGCUCUCUAUGCAGAAUUCGAGCAUUGCGUGCCAUUGUUUACGUGCAUUGCGUGCAUUGUUUACAUACUAGAUUAAUCCAUAGCCUAAACCGGGGUAAAACAGGAAUUCUAACAUUUAAGUGAAUUAAAUCAAUCAUAUAUGCCUUAAUUAACAUUGAACACUUCAGUUACGUAGACUACACUAAACCUUUAAUAUCUUAAAGUUGUUGGUUAAAAAAAAGUAGACCGUCAGAACGCAUUGUUUCAGUUUGCAAACAGGAAGGUAAAGAGUUAAUUCUUAUACGAAAGGGAAAGCCCCAGUUUCGCGGAUUUGGUUAAGUGAAUGAGAGAGAGAGAGAGAGAGAGAGAGAGAGAGAGCGUUUACGGACUAGUUGAUUCGUUGCAAUAAAAGAAGGAACAUAAUAUCCUAUUGAUUUUCUUCAAUUGCCUACUACCUGCAGUUAUAUUGCAGGUGUGUUACCGUCAGUUAGGUUAUUUAAAAGAUUUAUAUUUAUCAUUCUGAACAUUGACUAUAAGUCAGUUGUGUGAUUUUAAUUAAUUGAAGAAACUUAAAUUAGUAUCAGUUUACACUAAUUUUCUCAAAAUGAACAUUUGUGGAUUUGGAGAAUAGCCUCGAGCCAUUCUUGUAUUGGCUUGGCAAAUUACAUUAUUAAACUCCCAAAACAACAUUAGGAUAUUUUCGUGGAGAAGGAGACUGUGCCUAGGCUAUAGAAAACAUACAUUUAAUUGACAUUUGAAUCACUGCUAUGUUUUGAGACGACAAACACCCGAGGCUGAUUCCAGGAUACUUGAUCCGUGUUCAUGCCGAGGACCAUGACCGGUCACCAGACUCAAACCACAGUGCCGCUGGAUCUGAGCACCACAACGAGGGAGCGUGGGAGCGGCGCCGAGAGGACUCCCACCAGCAAAGGUCGCUCCGCCAGUUUAAGAAUGCAGUAUCCCGCUGCCCCCCUCACGGAGGAUGACGGUCCAAACGGAAAUCCCAGCCACACUGUGGAGCCGCUGGAGCAUCGUUGUGGAGUAUCGUUGAUAAAACCUCCUGUGAAACCGGGAAACCCGGCUUUUCUGGAGAAAAAACACUCACCAGCUGCAACUUAUCACACGCCAUUCACUCCGAACCAUGGCGAGAGCAGCACAACAGACACACGAACACAGAACAUAUCUUCCUCGUGGCUUCCUUUUAGGAAACGUCCAUUUCCUUCUGAAUGGGAGACGCCGGAACAGUCACGUACCCCACCCGGGAGAGAUGAGCGCUUAUCCCCUUACAAAAACAAAGACUUGUGCUGCAGACCGAGUCCUCCAAAGAUGUUAUUAAAGAGCUACGACGAUGAGAGCAUUGGUACCCUGGCAUCGGUCUCACACAGACAAUUGUCCGCCGCCAGCGGUUUUGACAAUGAACACCAAAGCAUCGAUCCGGUUCGUUCAAUGCAGGCACCCCGUCCUUACUAUCACUAUCCAGGGCACCCAUUCUACUCCUGGCCCAGCAGGUCACCGCUGGUUGUGAACGUGCCUGUCUCUCCCCUCCAGUCCUCUCUUUACCCGGGACACGCCGGACACCUGCUGGCAGAUGUUGCCCUGGCGACUCGCCAAGACAACGAUGGCGACACGGCUCUUCACAUAGCAGUGGUGCAGGGGCAGGAAGCUCAGAUCCAAAGAAUGAUCCUUCUCCUGGAACUGGUUCACACAGACCUGGACAUCUAUAACAACCUGAGACAGACCCCUCUUCAUCUGGCUGUGAUUACCCAUCAGGCCCACAUGGUGGGGGCGUUGCUGCGUGCUGGUGCUGACCCGGGGGCUCUGGACCGUAACGGUCAGACAACAGUCCACCUCUGCUGUGAACACGGCCAGCAGGCCUGCCUCUCUGUCGUCCUUUCCCACCCCUCCAUCUUGACUUGCCUGGAGGUCAGGAACUAUGAGGGCCUCACCCCUCUCCACCUAGCUGUACAGGGUGGACACAAGGAGCUGGUCAGAAUGCUGCUGGAUGCUGGGGCAGACAUCAAUGCUAUGGACAUCAAGAGUGGCCACAGUCCUCUCAUACACGCAGUAGAGAACCACAAUAUGGACAUGGUGCACUUCCUCAUAGAGAAUGACUGUAAUGUGAAUGGCCAGUCGUACAGUGGGAACACGGCCCUGCACAGUGCCUGUGGGCGAGGCCAGGUAGACACAGCCAGGCUGCUACUGAAGAACAGAGCCGACAGCAGUGUGAAGAACUACCACAAUGACACCCCCGCGAUGGUGGCCAAGAACAAGAAGGUAACAGAUGUACUACGAGGGAAGGGCUCCAGAAACCAGCAGCCCAAAGCUCAGCAGUGUGUACCAGCCUCACCACACAGGAGCACACCCCAGUCACAGAUUAGAGGUUCUCCAUCUCCCAGCCUUUCACCAUUGGCCACUCCCACAGCUUCGCCUCUUCACCGCAGCUCGUCCUAUUCCCCCAAGGCACCUCCCACUCCCUCUCCUCACAGCCAAUCAGCAGAGAGCCUAUCAGGCCGUCAGUCUCCAAUGAAGAUCCGGGAGGGCGAGCAGCUGCCGGUGAGGCUUGACUCCGACAGGAUGACUGCAGUAGACAUCAGCCUGACCCAGAGAAGGACCUACAGCUACCCUCCAGCAAUGCACCACCAGUCCCCCAUCACUGAUGCUCAAAUAGGGCAUUUACUCGCCUAUUACUCCCCUGGAGUUCAGAGACCUCUUUAUCCAGAGCCUCCCUUUAUCCUCCUCCACACCAAUAUCCCUUACCCAGCCACUGUCUCUACUGCCUCCCAAUCAGAUGUCUCCAUCAUGAGUGUCAGCAGCAGCAUGGGCAACAGUUGACAGAGAUGCGCUUUCAGUGUCCCUGCUGAGUUAGGUUCCACCACUGUUUGUUUACUGUUGGACUAUAGAGCCUAUGCCAGUAUGAUUAUGUACCUCUAGAUCUCAGCUGGAUGCAUUAGUCUCCUUACAAUUCCACAUGCAAUGACACCUACACUGGAAGAAUGAACGUUACUGCAGUUUCCUGAAUAGACUUCAUUCAGAACUUAUCACCAUGUGUGUGAUGGGCUGUUUGGAAACUGGUGCUCCACCAGGAGGUCUUGAAUGCUGCCACCUUACUUGAAAUUCGUGAUGCUUUUUCUUUUCUGGUUUACUUUGAGUAAUAUUGUAUAAUUGAUAAAUAUUUUUCUACGCACUGCCAUUUCUUCACAUUCAUAGCACCACACAGACACAGAACCAGUCCUUAAUGGUCUUUAA